CGUUGUCCCAGAAUCUUUGUUCAUUGCGAUUUUCUCUCCUCGACGCGAAUCUUCAUGCAUCCAAAUAGACAUGUCUCCACAGACAGCUCCAUCUAAACCACGCAAGCCGCGACCAUCUCGGGCGCGCGGCUUGAGGACCACUACUGGCUGUUUGACGUGUCGCAAAAGACGCGUGAAGUGUGAUGAAAGCAAGCCUCAUUGCGGACAGUGUAGCCGGUCGGAAAGAGAAUGCGUGUAUGCCCAUGCGAUUAACACAGCAGCGGUUCAUCCCGAAAGCGAAAGCAAUGGCCAGAACACCACCUGUCACGCAACAUUUUCGUCACUGGUUUCGCCUACUUCUGUUACGGGAUCUGCCUCGACGAGGACUCUGGGAGACAUCGAUCCUCAGUUGUAUUCUGAGUCGUCAGAGUUAAGAUUUGAUCUUACACCAUUGACCCUAACGACAUCCGUCCCUUCACCAAAUUCUGCGCCGUAUGAGUGGUAUGACCUGCUUGCAGAGGACGCCGUCAACAACAUUCGGAAGCACAAUCUCGGAUUUGAUUCGAACAUUUUGUCGAGACGACAAAGCCCUGUCCCCAAAGCAGCAGACGAUGAUGGCACGGCAUCGCCCGACCGCGAUUUCUCUGAAGGGCCGUCUGAGGAACCUUGGCAGUCCCUAGAGCCCAUUCAUAUGGCGGAGGAUGAUCUUGCCCUUUUCCAGCACUUCAUUGACACUGUUGCGCCAAUCCUAGAUUUGUUCGAUCCGUGCAGACAGUUCGCACACGUUGUCCCGCGUCUUGCCGUACAUAAUGUUGGGGUACUCAAGUCUUUGCUCGCUGUCGCUGCCCGACAUGUUGGGCUCUCUUCGAGUGCCACUAUACAAAAAGAGGCCCUUGUGCAGACUCCCGGAUCCAACGCAAGCCGGCAUGACUCGGGCGACUCAACAAGUCGCUGCCCGGAAGUAGCCACUCGAUACUACUACGAGACUCUGCAAUACCUGUCCCAAAAUCUUCUGUACCCAUCUUACACAAAGUCUAGGGAGAUCCUGGCGACUGCAUCACUCAUCUCCACGUUUGAGAUGCUCGACGUGUCGAAGAAGGCGGGGGAGGGUAACUGGGAAAGACACUUGCGUGGAAUCUUCUGGAUUCAGAGAUCCCAAGACAACAAUGGGGAAAAGCGGGAUGCGUUGCGACGAGGUGUCUGGUGGUUGUGGCUGCGACAGGAUAUCUGGGCAGCUUUUCAAGAGAAGCGAAGGGUGCUGACCAUUUGGCGGCCCAAGAAACGUCUGAUGGAUCUCACCUCGAAUGAACUCUCCACUCGGAUAUUGUACAUCUGUGCACGAUGCGUCGACUUCGCUGCGAACGAGAAACAAUACGACAUCGGUAUCCGGAUCAGCCAGGGGGAGAAGCUGCUUCAGGCCCUCGACGACUGGUGGCAGAUCCUCCCGGCUUCGUUCCGACCAAUUUACAAAACAAAUAAUGCUGGAUCAGAGUUCAGCUCGAAGAUAUGGAUUCACCCUCCUUCUCACUCUGCAGCUGUUCAAAUGUUCCAUUUCGCGCGCAUAAUUGUUCUGACCAACCAACCUUCGGUGGGUGGAAUGCUCGAGUAUUGUCAAAGACAACGUCUCUUAGAUGAGAGUGUGGAGACCAUCUGUGGUAUAGCUAUGGCGCAUCAAGGGAAAGAUCUACCCAGUGCGUUUGUUAAUUUCCAAGCAUUGUAUGCUGCCGGACUCUGUGUGCAGAUACCUGCUAGACAGAGUGCAAUCUUGCAACUUCUCGAGGCAACACUAGAUGUCACCAAUUUCCCCCCGAAAACAUUACUUGACGAUCUCAUUGCUUAUUGGAGAGCUGCACCAUAGGGGGACAUGGUGAAGCGAUGCAGUUUCCGGGAUAGCCGAUCUGUUCGCCGGGCAUGCCCGGGCAUGCACUUGGAUCGUGCCAUUACUUGUGGGGCUUGCCCGUUCUACAUUCUACAACGUCUAUCGUGCCAUCC